GCACACCCUUUUCCCAUCUCUUGUUUUUCUGCUUAUUUUCCAUCAGUUUUUUUCUUCACACAACCAAAAAAAAAUUAAAAAAAAAUCAUGUCUUCAGGUUUGUAUAAUCACAACUAUUCUCCAGCAAGAGCUGUUUCUCCUCAGAUUAGAACUAACGGAGAUGCUGAUAGUCAGUACUUGUCUGAAUUAUUGGCGGAACAUCAGAAGCUUCAGCCGUUUACGCAAGUUCUUCCCGUAUGCACCAGACUCCUGAAUCAAGAAUUAAUGAGGGUUUCUAGUAUGUUACAAAACCAAGGGUAUAAUGAGCUUGAAAGAAUGCGACAUAGAAGCCCAAGCCCCAUGGCUUCUUCAGAUCUCAUGUCACAAAUUCCAGGUGGUUGGAAUGGUUUUCCACAGGAGAGGUUAAGUGGAAUGACAAUGGAUUGGCAAGGAACUCCAGCAAGCCCUAGUUCAUACACAGUGAAGCGAAUCUUGAGGUUGGAUAUUCCGGUUGAUACCUUCCCAAAUUUUAACUUUGUUGGCAGACUUUUGGGACCUCGAGGCAAUUCACUAAAACGUAUAGAGGCUACAACAGGGUGUCGUGUGUAUAUAAGAGGAAAAGGGUCAAUCAAAGAUCCUGAUAAGGAAGAGAAACUGAGGGGAAGACCUGGGUAUGAGCAUUUAAAUGAGCCACUUCACAUCUUGAUUGAGGCUGAUUUGCCACCGAGUGUUGUUGAUUUAAGGCUAAGGCAAGCUCAGGAAAUAAUCCAGGAGUUGCUAAAACCAGUGGAUGAAUCAGAAGAUUACAUCAAAAGACAACAAUUAAGAGAGCUAGCGAUGCUAAAUUCGAGUUUGAGAGAAGAGAGUCCUGGGCCAAGUGGAAGCAUGUCACCAUUCAAUACAAGUGGCAUGAAACGUGCAAAAACCGGACGUUAAUUGGGCCCCACCUUUCUAUUACAAUUUACAUACACACCUUCAUAUAUUGCAUGAUUUUUUGAAAAAAAAAAUUUGAAAUGUAUAGGCUGACAUGUGAGUUUUGAGUUUGUUAUUCGAUUUUAUAUUCAUUUUUUGAAAAAAAAGAAAAAUAGAACGAUAGAUAUAGAAUGGAGUGUAAAGCGUAGUAGAGUAAGGGAUGAUUUUUUUUCUUGUUUAUCGGGUGAUUUGAUUCUUUGGAUUUAUUCAUGUGUUAGCAC